AUGAGGUUCAUGCUCCAAUGUUUCCCUCACCACCAAGGACAUCUGUCGUCGGAAGCCCUAGUCGCGCUCGCCCAAGGACAUCCUUGGAGUGUGGUACAUCCUACUCAACCACUUCUGAUGGAGGGAGAGUUUCCACGAUCCAACGAUUCAGGGUACCAAGGCGCGAGCAUUUCAGCUGGAAAGAAAAAGGUUGAUUGGGACGAUACUGCCCCAUGGGACGAGAGGUCGUCUAGUGUCGAACAGGGCAGAGACUUCAUAGAGGGUGCAGAACUUUCCUUUGGGUUUCAGACCCCCUUCCGAACUAAUGCCAAAUUCUUUGACACGUCAAGCAGUAUCCCUCCUACUCCGUUCUCAUCUGCCCCAGGUACAGUACCUGCUCUGGAUGUGAGCUUAAUGCAAGAUGUUACAGUCGGAUUAGCCAUGCCGUCCUGUACUAUCUUUGGAGAUAAUGUCAGGGACCACAACACCACACCAAAUCAAUCCUUGUAUGCCAUGGCAUUAUCCAGGCAAACCAACCUCGUCAGCCUAUCCCAGAACGUUAACAGUUCCUCUCCAGAUAAGGGUCAGCCUUAG